AUAUUAUGAUAUCUACACUAUCUUAUCUUACCAGGUUGAGAAUUCUUAGAGAAUUUUUAGCUUUAUCAGUUCUUCUGACUUCUCAGGGAAUGGGACGUUUCUCCAGUAUGACUAUACUGUGUAAAUUUUUUAAAUUUGAUCCUUUAAUAUUAGAGAAAAUAUUUGAUCUACAAAUAUUAAAAAUUCUAGAAUAUUUUCAGAAAUAUUCACAAUUAGUAUUAAUGUCCAUUAUUUAUCUAUCAUUACAGAAAAACUUUUAAAAUAAAAGGUAAAUAGUGUGAGCACCCAAUAAUUUGCCAUUUAUUUCAUUGGUUUAUUAUUAAAAAAUUUGUUUCGAUGUAAUCACAUCACAACAACAAGCAUUUUUUUGGUUUUCUCUAGAACUUGAACGGAUUUUCUUUUGUAUGAGAAGUUGAAAGAUGUUUUUGUUUAACGAAUUUUAUGCACAUGUACAUUUAAUCACAUUAUUCUUUGACAUAUUGACAAGAACAAAAGCAUUUCGAUUACUAUCUCAAAAAUGUAAAACGUUUGUAUCAAGUGUUUAUAUGCUUCUAAGUAUGCGAAAAUGAAAAAAAAACAAAAACAAAACAAAAAUUUCAUUUCAUAAUUUGAAAAUUAUUGAAAAUGAAUAUAAAAAUAAGCUUGAAAUAUGAUAAAACGAAAAAUAAUAAAUGUUGAAGUGUUAAAUUAUAGUGUCGAUUAGUAAAUAGAAUGUUUGAGAGAGAUUUAUAUGAUCAUUGAAUAGUAAAAAAUAAGAAUUUUUCUUUUAAAAAUUCGAUAUAGGCGUUAAAAGUACGAUAAUAUUUUUGUUAGACAAUAAUAAUGUUGAGUAUAACUUCAGAUUUAAAUAAAUUCUUAAAUGUUAUAUUCAAUAUGUUAAAAAUUAUAACUUAUUGAAACUGGUAAGGUAUCAAACGAUUUUUUUAUAUAAAUGAUAACAUGUAACAUGGACAGAUAAUAAUUUAAGACAUUUAGUGUUUAUUCUUCAAGAGAAAUAUAGUCAUUUCUAUUGAAAAAAAAAGCAUUUUGAUGAACAGGUAACCUUAAGCUAAAUUUGUGUGUAUCAUAAUAAUAAUAAUAUUUUUCUUUAAUUUUCUUUUAGGUUAAAUGUAAAGCUGAUCUUGACAAAGCAUCAAAAAUACGUAAGCUUCGUCAACAAUUUGAAAAUGAAUUACGACAAUUUUGUAAAGAAGAUCAACAAGAUAUUGUCAUUUAUCUUGAAAGACAAUUACUUCUACGUGAACAACUUAUUUCUGAACAAUUGGCUGAUCUUGAAUUGUUAAAAAAAGAGAAAUUGAAUCAAGAAAAUAAAAAUAAUAAUACUAAUGAUGUCAACAACAACAAUAUUAAAGGAAAAAUUGAACCAAAAAAAGUACCAAUACAAAUAUUGAGAAGUAAUGAUCCAGAUGUUGUCAUAUCAGCGAUCGGAAAAGAAAUGGUAAAAAUAUUAUUGAAAAGAUAA